AAUUAGUGCGCCUUUCCAGCCGCUCAGCCUUGCUUGUUGCAUGGGCAGCCCAAGCUUAAAAGCAUGGCUGAAUCCCCGCACCUGCCCUACUAUCGUUCCAUCCUGUCUCAGCUUUGAGCCUUUCGUACCUGUCUCCCCAAACAACACCGGUCGCAAGUGAGGCAUGCAGCAGAUGGCGACGCAGGCGCAGGGCGGCCCGGCACGCCCUCAGCAUGGCAAAGAACUAUGCUUACUGUCGCUGGACGGCGGUGGUGUUCGUGGGUUGUCGUCGCUCUGCAUCCUCGAGGAGCUGAUGCGCAAAGUUGACCCGCAGAAUCCACCGAAACCAAGCGAGUAUUUUGAUUUGAUAGGAGGCACAAGUACGGGCGGCCUGAUCGCGAUAAUGCUCGGACGUCUCCAAAUGAGCAUCGAAGAUUGUCGCCAAGCAUACCGCGAGCUGUCCGACGAGGCAUUCCAGCUCAAAAACUACCAAGCUGCCCCCGCGUUCCGAGCGCCGUGGAACUGGAACCUCAAAGCUCGGUUUGAUUCUGCAGCAUUAGAACGGGGUAUCAAGCGUAUCAUCGUGAGAGAGUUAAGACGAGAUCCUGGCAACGAUGCCAAGAGCGACAAGGAGCUCGAAGAUACGCUACUCAGGGACAAACAGUCCAAAUGCAAAACCUUCGUUACAGCUACGAGCGCAUCAAUGCCCGAUCGGACCUCGAUCCUAACGACCUAUGAGUCCGAUAGGUGGCCACGCGAUCUCCUCGAUUCGGUCAAAAUAUGGGAAGCUGCCAGAGCGACUUCAGCGGCAUCGACCUUCUUCGAGCCAAUCCAGGUUGGACCGGAUAACGAAAAGUUUCUGGAUGGUGCCACAGGGGCCAACAACCCUGUCAAUGUGGUAUGGGAUGAAGCACGAGAUAUAUGGCAGUCAGACUCCCCUCUGGAAGAUGAUGUACAAUGCGUGGUUUCGAUUGGUACAGGUGUGCCUUCAGUGAGGGCUUUUGGGGGCAGCCUUUUGGAAAUCGGCGAGACCCUCAAAGCCAUGGCCACCGAAACAGAGACGACAGCAGAAGCAUUCUUACGACGAUACACGCGUCUUCACUCCGAAGAACGAUAUUUCAGGUUUAACGUUCUCUCCGGCCUCGGAGACAUCGGCUUGGAGGAAGCUGCCAAGCGACCGGAGAUAGUGACGGCCACUAGGCGGUAUUUGUCGUCGGAGGAACCCAAGAAGAAUCUGGAGAACUGCGCAAAGAACCUGAGGUUCCGAGAAUGUAUGAUAGAUCUUACUUAGUCACCUCAAUAUAGUCUACGGCCUAAUUUUCCCCCG